AUGUCAUCAGCAGAACCAAUAAAUUUAGAUGAUGUGGCACAGAAAAAAGAAUUAUUAGUCGCCAAUAUAUCGAAAAGAGAACUUGCGAAACCCCACAAACAAAAAAAAGCAUUCGAAAGACAAGAACAGGACCGUUAUACCGUUAUAUCAAGUUUACGUUUGAAGAAUAUACGUUAUAUAUUAAGAAAGGAGAAAAUAAGAAUUUUAAACAAAUGUUUAAUUAUAUUUAUAUCAGUUAGUUAUGGUCAACCUCCCGAUAAAAAAGGUCUUUGUAUUCAUUUAAAUGCUACAAUUGGUUACUUGAGAAAAUGUAUCCAUGACUUGCAUGCGGGCAACGGGAUUGCCGAUGGACUGGCACGGAGGAAUCUGGGGUUGACUUUGCGCAGCCACUGUCUUCCUGUUGGUGAGAUGGUACCGAGGCAGGGACUGGUAGUUUUGAACAGAGGCAUCACACCAACAUUUCGACGGCACGACUACACUGGAACCAUAUCCGAUAUAUCGCGGGCAACUGAAAAUGUUGAUAACAUAAUAAACGAAUGGAGAGUUAUGGAGGACUUUACGGGUAGUGACCACCAAUACAUUACUUUCAGCAUAGAGGCAGUACCAAGAAGCAGUCGCAAAAGAGAAGUACAUGAAUGGAACGUUACCAAAUUAAAUAAGAUCAGAUUAGCAGAAACGUUACAAGUCAGAUUUAAUAGAAUGAAUGAAACUCAGAUUGAAGAUACAGGACGCGCAAAAGCGGAAAGGAUCGCAGAAGACACGAUGGUGGCCAUAAAAGCGGCGUAUGAUGAAGCUAUGCCAAAGAAAAGAAUUAAUCGAGAAAGACGCCCGGUGUAUUGGUGGACGCCAGAGAUUUCGGAUCUUAGAAAAGAGUGCAUACGACUGAGGCGAGCUGCACAACGCAAAAGGAAUGGACCAGAAGCCGCACAGGCAUUCAUGGUGUACCGAACUGCAAGGAAGACGCUUAGUAUUUCCAUUGGCAAACGUAAGGCAAAAUGCUGGAGAGACCUUCUCAAGGAUGUGGACGAGGAUCCCUGGGGACUCGGAUAUAAGAUUGUACUAAAAAGGAUCGGGUCUCCAACGAAUACGGAACAUCUAGGUAGUGGCAAGUUGGAAGAGAUUGUGGACGCUCUUUUCCCUAGACAUCCUAUCGAGACGAUGAGCCUAAUAACAGUAACUGAAGAGGAUGUUCCUAGAUUCAUCCUGGAUGAAUUAAAGGAGGCGGCCAGUACAAUCAAAAACAGGAAGGCGCUGGAACCAGAUGGAAUACAAGGAGAGGUCAUCAAGGAAGUUGUAAAUACGUGUCUGCAGAUACUACUGGGGGCAUACAGUACCUGUCUGGAAGAAGGGGUAUUCUGGAAGGGGCAAAAUGAAUUCGCUGUUGGCGGCCUCCUUCAGGCUAGAUACGGCCGGGAAACUGCUAGAAAAAUUAUUGAAGGAGAGGCUGCAGGCAGCCAUAGAAGCAGGGGAGGACUGGCAGACAUGCAGUAUGGUUUCAGGAAAGGAAAGUGCACGAUGAACGCAACAAAAGUGGUGGUGGAUGCAGUCAGGGCCGCCGAAUCGGGUAAUCAUCAUUCAAGGAAACUGGUACUAUUGGUGACGUUAGACGUGAAGAAUGCUUUUAACUCAGCGAGAUGGGAGGACAUCUUACAACAGUUGCAUGGAAGAUUUCGAGUCCCGGCAUAUUUGCAGCGAAUACUGGAGGAUUACCUUAGUGACCGUAGUCUGCAAUACUCAAUCGAUGGUGGUAUUGUACAAAAUGUAAGCAGAUAA